GGGGCCGAGCUCCGCUCCUCGGCCGGGCGCUGCCGGGGAGAGUUCGGGGGGAGAGGGCGGACGCUCCUCGCGAGGCACUCGUUGCCGACCGGCGUCGUUUGCCCGCCGGUAAGGAUUUAGUCUGCUCGCGGCCGGGAGCUGUCGCAAUAGGAACGCGAUAAAAGCCGACUUUGAGGCCGCCGAGCGGUUCCGGGAGACAAAGGCGGCUCUUCGCCGCUGUCGGGAGCUCCGAAGCCGUGCCCCGUGCCGGCGCGCCCCGGCACAAACGGGGACGGCGUAGGUCAGCUCCCGUCCCGGUGCGUGAGUUCCCACUUCUCCCUGUUUCCAGCGGCGCGUUCCAGAAGAGGGGCGUCCCCGAGAGUCGGGGCUCGGCUUCACGCGUCUCUGUGAAACGAGGAGUCGGCGAACGGCGGCUUACGCUUCGAACGCGAGAGCCGUGAGCGUGCCGAGCGCUCCAGCCGCCGCCGUCCGGGGGCAGGCGGCCCGGCAGCGCAACCCGCCGCAUCAAACGCACAAGUUCGGCCGCGGCCGGCGGGCUCGAGCCGCUCGCUUCUCGCCGUUCGUUAUGCAGCGGUUUACACCGGAGGGAAACGCGGCGUGCCCGCCGAGGGGCUGCUCGCACCGCGGGCUCGGGGCCGCCGCUCCGGGCACGGUGGGGGGGGGCCGAGCGGGGCGGCAGGUGGCGGCCGUGCCGUGCCGAGCCGAGCCGAGCCGCGCGGCGCCGGGGGGCCUGGCCGCGUCCGCUCCUGCUGGGCGGCGUCCGCGCCGGGUUUUGCACCUUGUCCCCGGGUCUGCCUCCCGGCCCGGGGAGCCGCGCCGCGCGCCGAGCGCUGCCGCCCUGUAUCACUCCGCUGGCACGGAGGGGAGGAGGAGGAGAAGAGGAGGAGGAGAAGGAGGAGGCGGAGGAGGGCCCUCGAUCAUUGUGGCGGCGGCGGAGCGCGGCGCCCGGCUGUGUGAGAGCGGCGCUCCGCACGGGCUCGUCGGCUCCGCUCUCCCCGGCGCGGCCCCGGCUCGUGCGUGUGCGGGCCGGCCGCGGGCCGAGGCGUGCCGCCGGGUUCCCGUUGCCAUGCAGCCCGGCAGCGCGAGUACUUUGCGAGCGCGGCGCGGCACGAGCGCCCAAACUUUUCUCUAGGAGGAACGUACAAUGAGCGAGCGGCCGUGCCCGCCCCUGGGUGCCGGGGCGCGCGAGUGAGUGUGCGGCGUGUGCACGGCGCGUGCGAGCGUGGGCGCGUGCGGAGUCCCCGCGUGUGCGUGUGCUGUCCCCGCGUGCGCGUGUGUGUGCGUGCGGAGGGGCGCGUGUUCCCCUCACCCAUGGGGAGCGCGGGCUCUGGGAGCGACCUCCGGCGGCCCCGCGGAGCCGCUCUGGGCACGGCGGGUCGCGGAGGAGCCGCGGGAGGCGAAGAGCCGCGCUGAGCGCCGGAGUUGGCCGCCGCCGCCGCCGCUCAGUUGUUGCGCCGCUUCCCUGCGGUCACCCCCGGCACCUUCCCCGCUCGCCGCUCCCCCUCCCGCCCCCCCGCCGCGCUCCGCUCUUCUCCUCCUUCAUGUUUUGGAGCUCCUCGAGGGGGAUUGGCUGGGGGCGAGGAGCAGCGCUCGCCGGGGACCGCCGCUUCCCCGCUACAUGCCGGUGCCCCCCCCGCCCCGCGGGGCUGUGAGCGGGACCCCGCGGGGGGCAGCGCGCCGAGUUCCUCCGGAGCGGCGCGCGCGGGGCCGGGCAUGGGGGAUUUCGCGGCCCCGGCCGCCAACGGCAGCAGCGUCUGCAUCAACGCCGGCCUCGGCGGAGGGCUCGCCGGGGCCGCCGCCGCCGCCGCCGCCGGCGUCCCCAAGCACAGCACGGUGGUGGAGCGGCUGCGGCAGCGCAUCGAGGGCUGCCGGCGGCACCAUGUCAGCUGCGAGAGCCGCUACCAGCAGGCGCAGGCGGAGCAGCUGGAGCUGGAGCGCAGGGACACCGUGAGCCUCUACCAGAGGACGCUGGAGCAGCGGGCCAAGAAGACGGGCGCGGGCGGCAAGCAGCCGCCGCCGAGCAAGCAGCCGCAGGAUGCCGAGCCCGCCGCGGCCGAGCAGCGCAACCACACGCUGAUCAUGCUUCAAGAGACUGUAAAAAGGAAGUUGGAAGGCGCACGAUCACCUCUCAAUGGAGAGCAGCAGAAUGGAGUUUGCGAUGGCAGCUUUUCUCCAACCAGCAAGCGGAUACGGAAAGAUGUACCAGGCAUCGAGGCAAUCAACAGCUUGCCCAAUAACUUGCCUUUGCCUGCUGUUUCUCCUCUUCACCAGCUUGACAUGAAAGCAUCCCUGCCCCUGCAGAACAGUGGAACUCAUGGUAGUGGGCUAGAAGACUUGGGUAAAAAUGGUGGGCUUUCAGAGAUAAAGCUCCCUGUUAAUGGUUGCAAUGAAUUAGACGAUGGUUUUAAUGUCCUGCAGAAUAAGGAACUAAAGCAAGAGCCUUUGGACGAUCCUACCUGCAUAGACACUUCAGAGACAUCCCUUUCAAAUCAGAACAAACUCUUCUCAGACAUUAAUCUGAACGAUCAAGAGUGGCAGGAGCUAAUAGAUGAACUAGCAAACACUGUUCCAGAAGAUGACAUACAAGAUUUGUUCAACGAAGACUUUGAAGAGAAGAAGGAGCCAGACCUUACGAGGCCUGCCACAGAGACUCAAGAGAGUGCAAGCGUCAAAAGCGAUCCAUCUCAUUCCCCUUUUGCUCAUGUUCCAUUGGGAUCUCCCCAGGUGAGGCCUUCUUCCUCUGGUCCUCCAUUCUCAAAUGUUUCCACAGCCUCUAGCGUAACUUCUGUAUCCAGUGCUCCACCAGCUCCAAUCCCUGUAGGCUCACCAGCAAACUGUGUUGUUCAGUCGCCUCAGACUCCCAGCCAGGCCCAUACUCCAGGCCAAACUCAGACACGAUCUGGAAAUGGCUAUCUUAUGAACCCAGCAGCAGCAACUGUGGCAGGAUCAGGGCCUGGACCGGUGAAUAUACCAAGUGCUGACUUGUCUCCAGCUGAACAGCUCAAGCAAAUGGCCGCACAGCAGCAGCAAAGAGCUAAGCUCAUGCAGCAGAAGCAGCAGCAGCAUCCAAAUCAAGCCUCAAGCUGGUCGCCUGUGGGUCCUCCAUCUAGUCCGUAUGGAGGGCCUUUCAGUGCAGAGAAACCAAAUAGUCCAAUGAUGUAUCCCCAAGCCUUUAACAACCAAAACCCAAUAGUGCCUCCUAUGGCAAACAAUCCACAGAAGACCACAAUGAAUAACUACCUCCCUCAGAAUCACAUGAAUAUGAUCAAUCAGCAGCCAAAUAACCUGGGCACAAACUCUUUAAACAAACAGCCUAAUAUGCUUUCUUAUGGCAACACCAAACCUCUGACCCACUUCAAUGCUGAGCUGAACCAGAGGAUGACCCCACCAAUGGCAAAUCCCAGCAAGAACCCUAUGAUGCCGUACAUACAGCAGCAGCAGUCCCCGCAGCCGCAGAUGCAAGCUCAGAUGGCAGCACACCUGAGUGAGGAACAGAAGCGCAUGCUCAUCAUGAAGCAGAAAAGCAUGCUGAACCAGCCCAUGGCAUAUGCAACACUUCCUUCCCUUGCUCAGGAGCAGCACCAGGUGGGACUGUCCCGGAGCACAGCACCCAUGCAGCCCUCUGUCCCGCCGGGAGCCAGCAGUGUGGUCACAGGCACGAGCUCGGGGGGGCCCUUCCUGGGCAACCAGCCGCAAGCGGCCAUCAUGAAGCAGAUGCUGAUCGAGCAGAGAGCCCAGCUGCACGUGAUAGAGCAGCAGAAGCAGCAGUUCCUCAGAGAGCAGAGGCAGCAACAGCAGCAGAUCCUAGCAGAGCAGUUGCAGCAGCAGUCACAUUUGCCUCGGCAGCAUCUGCAGCAACAGCGGAGCCCAUAUCCAGUGCAACAGGUCAAUCAGUUCCAAGGUUCUCCCCAGGAUAUAGCAGCUGCGAGAAACCAAGCAGCGCUCCAGAGCAUGAGGACGUCCCGAAUGAUGGCCCAGAAUGCGAGCAUGAUGGCAAUGGGUCCCUCCCAGAACCCGAGCACGCUGCCCACCACGGUGGGCCAGUCAGACCUGGGCAUGGCUCCUUACAGCAACGCCUCCUCCAGCCAGCCGGGAAUGUACAGUAUGAGCACAGGGAUGAGCCAAAUGUUGCAGCACCCAAACCAAAGCGGCAUGAACAUGGCGCAUAACGCAGGCCAGGGAACGAGGCAAACUGCCUCUGGACAAGCGGUGGGAAUGGUCAGCGGUUUUGGUCAGAACAUGCUGGUAAACUCUGCUCUUCCCCAGCAUCAGCAGCAGAUGAAAGGAGCGGUGGGCCAGGUCUUACCCAGGCCACAAGCACCACGGCUUCAGAACCUGAUGGGGACCGUCCCUCAGGGAGCGCAGAACUGGCAGCAGCGAGGCUUGCAAGGUAUACCCGGAAGGACUAGCGGCGAAAUCGGGCCUUUCAAUAAUGGCACAACGUACCCGAUGCAGUCCGGGCAGCCUCGGCUGUCCAAGCAGCAUUUCCCACAGGGACUUAAUCAGACGGUUGUGGACACAAGCGGAACGGUGAGAGCCCUGAACCCGGCCAUGGGGAGACAGCUGCUGCAGCCGCUGCCCGGGCAGCAGGGAACCGGCCAGGCCAGGCCGAUGGUGAUGCCUGCAAUAAGCCAGGGGGUCCCCACGAUGUCUGGUUUUAGCCAGCCUCCCACGCAGCAGAUGCCAGGUGGUAGCUUUGCUCCGAGCAGCCAAGGCCAGGCCUACGAGAGGAAUCCCACUCAGGACAUACCUUACAGCUACAGCAACGAAGGAGCUGGGGGCUCGUUCUCCAGUUUAGCAGAGGGCGCAGACCUCGUGGACUCCAUCAUUAAGAGCGGACCAGGGGAUGAGUGGAUACAGGAACUCGAUGAGUUGUUCGGGAACCCCCAGUGAAUGGGCUUGUAUAGUCUGGAGUUUGGGUUGUUAACGUUCGAAAAAAUCAAAGAGAGGGUUGGAUGUGCUCCCCAUCCUCGGAUCGUUGGGGUUUUUUGUUUGUUUGUUUGUUUGAGUUGGUUUGGGGUUCUUUUGUUUGUUUUCUUUUGUUUUUAAUCGUGCAAAUCGAGCUGAUCUGUAGCCAACUUGGGAAGGUUCGGGUGAUGCCGAGUACAUCGGUAUCACAAGACUUCCACAAGCAGUCUCCACUGCGUGGCAGCACCUGCUGCAUGGGUGUGGGGCAGGAUGGGGAAACUGGGAAAGCCAGCUGACGCCUCUGAAAGGGAAAAUGUGGUCUUUCACUGCUGGAAUGAGGCUUCCUUGCACAGCGGUGUGGGGUAGCCCCGGUGUCCCCCACCUCAUGUAACUGAGAAGGCCGCGGCUUUCGGGGUAGCAGAUGGAAGCCCAAAGAAGCCUGCAGGUGACUGUGCACAACCAGCCCCGGUGUCGGCAGGCCUCAGCCAGCCAUGGCCGGGCUCUGAACUGCUGCAAGGGGCACACACGUGACAAACCGAAUCAGUCACAGAGAGGUCACCAUUUUCACUGCAGAGUGAUAAAAAUCCAGUAGGAGCGUAACAGAACAUGAAUGUGGUUGUGCAGUGAGGACAGUUUGAUUACAGGACCGCUGCUGGAGGUGGCUUUAGUGGGUGGGUUGUGUAAGGAGCUAUUUAGUCCCCAAGGGACUUGCAGUAGUGCUUCCCUGUCAGAGCACUUUGUGUGCCCGGGUAGCAGAACAGAGCUGAGAGAUGCUAAAGGGCUGCAAGGCACCAGGGGACACCAGCAAGAGUCCUAAGGAGGUCCCUGUCUCUCCUCCCUCCCCAGUAUAUCUUUAUACAUCGCCCUCCCAUCUGUCAGUGUAAAACAAAGUAAACUCACUGCGCUUUUCUUCACAAAGGGGCAGGGAGGGGGGGAGAAGACAGGAAGGAGAAGACGUGCAGGGAGGGUCUGGCAAGCAGGAGCUAUUUCCUCCUCUCAUGUUGCAGAAUGCAGGCGUAGCAGGUUGGCAUGUCUGGGCCCUCAACCUGACAUUUAGUGCCACCUGGUCUUCUGUUUUAAGCAAGUGGUGGUCUAACCUCCUUUGUUUGCUGGAAUAACAUUCGCUGCAGUAUUUGAGAAAUGGGAGCCAAGGAAGGACUGCAGUAAAGAGCAUGCAUGAAUGGCUGGAAUAAUGGAUUUAGGCAUUAAAAACAUUGAGUCUGCCCAAAUAUGCUUUUAGGUAACAGUGACGUAUCACUGUCUCCACUGUCUAUUUCCACUGUGUGGACUGGUGCCGAGAGCACUGCAGUGAAGGGACGAUACGUUUUCCACGGAGAUGCUGGCCAUUCUGAUUGCCCAAUGCAGCCGGGGCCUGAGCCGAGGAGAGCUGCCCUCCGAAAGCUGCCACCUCCUCAGCUGAGAGCUGCCCAUCGGGGUAGGUCAUGCUUACCCCGUUCUGAAGCACAGCACGAGGUCCCAUUCCGGUCACUGCCGAAGAUGGCAGAGGUUUGCCUGUCCGCUGCUGCAGCAGGAGCCGGGUCAGGCCCCAGUGCAGCGAGCGAGAGCACCAGCCAAAGUUCUCAGCCCGCAGCCACACCGUGGGCAUAUGGCUCUUGUCGGGACGAGCCUGAGGGAAGGGACAGCCCACAGGGACAGCACCCUGAGGGACAGGGCCAAGGGAGCAGCGUGGGGGCACAGGCAGGCCAUGGGAAGUGGGUUCGGAGGGGCACAGCCACCACCCUGGGCAGAGCAGCUCUGGGACACAGAUUGUGGCCAGCACCGAGCUGUUGUCUUUGCAAAGCUUCCUCCAAAUACUCUGUACUGGGACCAAUAAUAGACAUAGAUUUUAAUAGAUCUGAGGUUUUGUCCUUUUAUUUUUUUUUUUUUUUUUUUCCCCUCCUUACUAUGGUGCUGAUGUAUAUGUAAUAUUAAAAAAAAAAAAAAAGUUAUUUGUAAAUAUGUUUUUACAAUUCUACAGAUAUCACUGGGUCUACUAUCUGUAAAAUAUAUACAUAUAAAUAUAUAUAUAUAUACUGUUUGUUUAAAA